CGCCCCUUGCUUGAAGAAACCUAACAUUUGUGGAGGGUGAGAAGCGGUCUACCUUGUGCUAUGAUGAUCUACUUGACACACAUGAGCUUAUAUAAAAAAAAACGAGAACUUGGCUGGACCUGGUCACCUUAAGAUCUUAACCAUGGAUAGGUCGUCAGACCUCACACCAAAGAGACAAUGUUCUGCUCGCUCUGAACUUGAUAGUCAGACCAAACAAACAAUAGGAAACAAAGUCAAAAAGAAAAAUUUGUCACGAUACAUUCAUUGGGUACCAGUUACUAGCAUAAAGUCACUUGAUACAAAUGCGACUCAGAACAUUGACAGUUGGCCCACGGACAACAAAAGGUCCCAUAGAUUGACUUUGUCUAGAGUGCCCCUGUGUCCAAGUCUGGUUUCCAUAGACGAUGACAAUGUCAGUACUUCAUCACGCUGUACCAAAAUGCUACCCAUCACGCGCGCCACGACUAACGCUGACGAAGAAUUCGUGAAUUGGAACCGAGGCAGUUCCAACGGACUAAGACAAGUUCGUCUGUCCACUGACUGGCAGGCUCGAGGCAAGCAUUCGGACAGUUUGCGGCACGCUCUUUACACAGGCUACAGCUAUUCCCUGGUUGUUCCAGUCGACCAGAUAUCUGAAAUCCUACGAUCGUCACCUUCACUGGCCGUUAGGUCAUUAGGAAGUGGACGAACAUGUUGGCGAACUUUAAAUGACGUCAACGUACGUAUUCACGCCGGACACACAUUCCGGCCUGGAAGAAAUUACGUCACUAAGUCCAACGGAAUAAACGAACAUGGCGGGGAAAACACUCGCCACUUAUCUUUUCGAAAUGGCUACCUCCACAAGAAAGGGCGAGAAUGUCCACAGCUACCGAAAGAAACUUUUCUGAGUGUUAAACACCUUACCUCUGACACUAUGUCAUCUCAUGAAGCCCACCCCAACGCAAUGCUUCUCUCAGACGUCACUAGUCCGUCGGCAAGUUCGAAAAUGCCUCCUUUAAAAUCAGGUUCGAAAUCCUCGGAAGUCAAACAUGUCGUCAAAACGCUGUCACCGUCCAAGCAUGGCUACCACCCCAGGAGUCAGUCCCCUACGUUUAAAUGUCUAGUGGCAGCGUCCGAGCUUCUGCAAAAAGUCAACAUGUCCGACGAAAUAGAACACCCGCGAUUUUACUCCCCGGAAGUCAGUCAGCCAAGUGAAGGCGCAGGCGAAGAAGAAAGCUCACCACGUGACCGACACCCAAGUCUGACUAAUAGCGAAGAUAUAAAGCGGAUAAUUCUUCCUAUCAGUAUUGAUCUAAAAAAUCAACAAAGACAUCGAUCCGAUCCAAAGCCCGCCAGAUGCAAGGUACUAAAUCUGGAACCACUGCGCACAGAAAGGCAUGGGUACAUCAAAGAAGGGAUUGCGCAAAGUAAGGCGCUAAACUCCAGGUCUGAGAUCGAGGCCAGCACAUCUAAUAAGUUGCCGCCUGACCAUGUCAGUGAUAGAUCUAGUAAACCAUCAAAUGUUUCAAAUCAAAACCCCGAAGAUAGUAGGACCGCGAACUCCAUAAUGUGUGAAGUUGAAACUAACCCAAGGAACGGACGUACGACACACAUUCAUUUAUUUCUUCCUAAUAUUCUUCAAGGUAGAAACAAGAUGACAUGCCAUUCAACUGACUUGGUUCUUAAUGGAUCGAGUGAUCAACAUGUUAAUGAUAGUGCAGAUGACCUUGAAUCUUCACUUAGUGAAAAAUCUGAAAAUGACCAGCCCAUAACAAACAGCCAGGCUAACGACUCUCCGCAACUACCUGAUAAAACUAACCGCAAGUUGAGUGACACAUCCCUGAUCCUACCAUCUGGCGUAAAAGUCAGUGACAAAGUGGCAAGGAAAACGUUAAAAGUUGACAAGCCUUCUGCGAGACAUUCUGUCAAGGCAAAGGUGAAUUAUUCUCGCAAACGUCGAGUUUCUGUCUGCACCGACCCUCAAAAGUCGGAAUCAUCUUCCGGAAGAAAGCAAGGCUCCACCCAAUCGUCUGCACGCUCAGAGCACCAAUUACAAAGCGAAAGACUGAAGAAACAAUUGGAUGAGUUCCCAACUUUAAUAUCACUGAACUAUUCAGAAUUGUAGAUUGUAGAGCACAUUAACAACUUUAUUUCAUUAUAAUUGAACUGAUACGAAGUAAACUGUAAGAGUCUAUGUAGAAAAAAAAACAACUUUUUUGUUUAACAUAAAAUACCUCGGCCCUUCGAUGCUGGCAUACUAACCCAUCAAAUUGGGUGGAUGUCUGGUCGUCACAAUUCUGCCAAGUUUAACCCUUUCCCGCUUCCAUUCCGUGCAGUCCUACAAUAGACCUGUACUAGGAUGUACGAUUUUUUAAGUAACGUCUGAAACGUAGAAAUUAUUUAUAUAUAUAUACUUUUUAGUAGCCUAAUUCAAAGGUAUAUGUGCUGCACACUAAUUCUUUACUCAAUGAGAAUAAGCUACACAUUAUCUGAAACUCCUGUCGUGACUGACGAGACUUAUUCCCUUAAAGCACGUGAAAGAAAUUGGGCAAUGUGUUUUAAUGUCUCUUUGUCCCCGUUCUACUGCAAUAACUCGUAUCCAGACAUGGACCAAUUCUUUCUUUCUCACCUUCUUGUUCCUUCUCGUGCAAGACGCGACAUUCUCACAAAAUGUGGUCUAUUGUUUCUUCGCCCUCUCUGCAAUGGCGGCGUCCUUUGUCAUAAUUCUCUCUGAAUCGCUCAAAGUACACGCCAAUCGGGCAAUAACCGACUCUGAACUGGGCUAGGACGGCCUGUUCUUCUCGCUUUAAUUGCCAUCAUGUACCUAUACAUACUGGAUUUUUCCUCUGCCUCUAUAAUUCUCUGCCAUUUUAUAUGUAUACAAAAUGUACAUGUUUAAUGCGAUAGGUUCUGGAGCGAGCCUUCUUUUUAGCGAAAUUUGAUUGCCUUCUUUCACUUGUACCUGAUGCGCCGCUGUCCUGUGCAUGUGUCCGAGCUCUAAUUUGUAAGAGGGAACAAACUUUUGGUUAGAUAACAGAGACAAUGCAGAGAAUAAUGCUAGAGUUCGUCUUGAUCGUAAUUGGUAUAUCAAAAUGAGGGGAGAUAAGUUACCUUUAUUUCGUAGCGUGAACGUUGCAGACAGCUGCAGUUUGGUUUGUGUUACUAAAAGUGACUUAGGUUUAAGUUGUCGCGCUGUGAUCGUUUAGAGUAGGCUAUAGAGCCUACUUCCAGGGCCGGCCUUAAGCAUAAGCAAACUAGGCAGCGGCCUAGUCCCUCCAGUUUGUGGGAGCCUCGCACAUGACCAAAAAUAAAAUAAAAAUAGAAUAAUUAAAUAAAUGUCGUAAUUAAAUUUUUUCGCUGUUUUUAAUUUCAUCUGGAGCAACAAUUUCACUUCGUCUAGGGCCUCCAAUUAUCAAAGGCCGGCCCUGCUACUUCUACUGCUCUUCCUGGAAAUCCGACGUAAUGCUUUUUUUUUUUUGCAGGGGGUGUGGGAGGAGAUGAAGGUUGGCAGUUGGCAUAGAUAGGCCUAUAUUCGAAAAACAACUUUGUUUAAAUUCUAAAAGGUUCUCUGAUAACUUUCAGGAACAUGUCAAUCAGAGACAUGUCUGUUCUAUUCUGUUCCCCAUCAAGGAGUAAAAUAAACUUCGAAUUUUUUUUUUUGAUCGUCGAAACAUCCAGUCAUUUAUAGACGGAAAAUUCAAAUAUAUAAUCAAUGUUAAAUGCAUUAUAAAGGAACCUGUUUGUAGUAGGCAAGGUCAGGGGCCCGGGCAUUUCUAUAAAAUUCGGCCCACAAAUUCUCUAUUAUGUGAUGGGCAUCCAUUUCUAGGUGUAUCGGUCCUUAAAAAUCAUUAAGUAUGAUAAUGUAUCGAUAUGCAUGCAUACAGUGAACUCUAUAUCUUAAUAAGCAAUAUAGCGUCUUUUUAAAUCAGCAAUUAUGUAGGCCCUAAAAAGAUUAAGCUUAUUAGUAGCACUGUCUACAUUCUACAUUUUAUUUUCGGAAAAUGUGUUCGAUUAAAAUAGUAUUACACUGCAAUGUCUGUGAAAGAUUUGUUUAAACACGACGCUCAGAUGGCCUGUUAUACAAAUAAUAAUAAUAAUAUAAUAAGAAUAUUAUAAAACCUUUAACAACUUGAUAUGUACCAUAAUGACUUCGAUCAGGCCAUUUCGGUGGCCCUACCGGCCCAUCGAGCAUUUGCCCAAGAGCCUGUAUAGCCAGUCCGCCCCUGGGCAAGGUGUUAUAUGCAUAAUAAUUAAAAGUUUCUGGAAGUGGUAACCGUUUUUUAAAUCUUUUUUUUUUAUUUAAAAAAAAAAAUUAAAUUUGAUAAACUUUUUUUAUAUACAAAAAUGGCCCCCCAAAAGAGGAAAAAUCGUUCCCUCUGUGUUAUACUAAACAUUUAAUAGGCCUACGUUUCGCUAAAGCUAUCGCGCUUUCAAUGUCUAAGUUCAGCAUUAUUCUGUAGCAGGUGGAAACGGCUAUUUUUGGUAUUCUGAAAACAAACCCUUUCGUUAUGCAAUCAUAUUUUUUUUUAUUCAUAAAUGUAGGCUACACAUUUUAUACAUAUUAAUAUUGUAAAAUGUUAUAAAGUAUUUUACUAAUUAUAGCAGUUGUGAAAAAGUAAUUAAUUGUUCAUUACAUUUAGAUCCCUAUACAUAGCCUAGGUAAAAAUGGCUUCGUCAUAUCUCAAAAGAAUAUGUAACUAUAGUAUAUAUAUGGAGUGCUGGCUGGGUGGUAAAGUACUUUGCUUCUGGAACCAAGGAUCCGGGUUGGAAUCCUGUGAUUUUUAAUUUCGGGAUACUUAGGGUACCGAUGAGUCCAGCCAGCCCUUGUAGGUACCUGACAUUAAUUGGGUAAAAAGAUGACAGUUGGUCGUUGUGCUGUCCACAUGAUACCCUCGCUAAUGGUGAGCCACAGAAACAGAUGACCUUUACAUCAUCUGCCCUACAAAUCGCAAGGUCUGAAAGAGGAACUUUACUUUUGUAAUAUAAAUUAACGAAAAAGUUGAAAAAUGUUUUAAAGCACAUCAUUUGGUGUUGGGAGGUUGUUUUUUUUCUUUAAUCAAACAUAUGCAUUGUAAUAAAUUGAGUAUGUGCAAACAUUUA